GCCUUAAUUCUGCUGGCGUCCAAAACAAGAGUGAGAAUCGGAAAGCCAAACAGGUACAAUGAACGUUAGUGGAAUGCCAGUCUGGUGAGGGUUCCGAUGGUUUUACGUUCAGCACUGGCAGCACCAGAAGUAAAUGUGUUUUCUGCAUACAAAUAUUUGCUUUGGGAGGUGAACCUUAAAAGCUGCAUUCAGCAGUUUAAAUAGAUGUACAUUAACAUUCAAAAUUUCUAUCAACUCUUUAGACUAAAUAACGCUAUAUAAAUUUUGUGCUUUAAAUUAGCUUUAUCCAAUAUGUUGACUUAACCUCGUAGUUAUACCCGUUACUCGUAGAGUAAAAGGGUAUACUAGAUUCGUUGAACAGUAUGUAACAGGCAGAAGGAAGCGUUUCCGACCAUAUAAAGAAUAUAUAUUCUUGAUCAGGAUCAAUAGUUGAGUCGAUCUGGUAAUGUCUGUCUGACCGGUGGUCUGUCUGUCCGUAUGAACGGCGAGAUAUCAGGAACUAUGAAAGCUAGAAAUUCUAGAUUAAGCAAGCAGAAAAUAAUUUUAAUUCAGAUUGAUUGAUGCACACUUUGGACUUUGAUUUUGCACAACAAAAAAGAAGCCGCCAAAAAAAUAGCCGUUUCGCUAAUACUUAAAAUUUAAAUUAUUAUCAAAAGUAUAAGAUCCCCGGGAAACAAAUUUGUCAAAAGACUCUUACAAAGAGAUUUUUCAUAUUAAAUCAAUACAAUUCGUUACCAGGCAAUAAAUAUACGUUCUUUCAAAGUGACUUAAUUACUAUUCGAACCAACCCACGCCCCCUCGAAUUUCUAACUUAAGGCGUUUCGCAGCGCAAGUUCUUAAAAAUAAUGUGCACUUAAAAUAAACAAAGCAGCCUUAUUUCGGUGGAUGCGGCGAUGCGCGUCCCUUCAUGGUUUGGCUCACCCGCGACCCCUCAAACAACUAGAUUCAGCUAACAUAAUAUUCACUAGCUCUUCUCCAAUUCGACCGGGAGAAGUCAUAUUAUAUUUGACAUAUGCAGUAUAAAUCAACGGAGAAUGUUAAAAUUUUGGGCAGGGUGAGUCUAUGUGAUUGAUAAAGACCCGCACCAACCGACGCCGCCGGAAUGAAGCGAAAUGAAACAUUACGGCGAAAUGAAUUGUGUACGACAAGACAAGGCGCCCCUAACUCUCCAAAUACGACCCCGCUUGUGCAGUUGUCAGCGGAGCGCGGCGGUCGCGCUGCUGGAAUCUGGGGAUCAGUCGCAGCAAUCGCAACACGCAGAUACAGACCACAAAUCCAGUGAGCCCCGCAGCCAAUCCCAGUCACGGGCAGCAACUGCGGAUCCCAAUACAACGACGGCUAUUUUGAAAUAUGGAGCGGUGUUGCCUCUACUACCGCUUUGCCGCCUUGCCGAUUUACCGCUCGCUGCCGGACUGGCAUGUCUGGAGGAAGGCCUACAAUUAUACAAGUGAAGACUCCAGCGAGCGAAGGCUCGCUUCAGGUGGGUGCUGAGUUUUUGGGUAAUUGUAACCCAUUUUUAGAAUCUUCGCACUGAUCAUUUUAGGAGCUCGCGUGACAGCUAUGACGCGUGAAAUCGCAUGGCUGCAGUUUCCUACAGGAGCGACGUGGGCGAAUGUAAAGCUGCCUGUGAAACCCACCCAGACUGGCAAUACUAGCGAAGCUCCACGUCCCAGCUUUUCUUGGCUGGAAAUGGCGAGUCUUGCGGGGUGGAGACGUGAUCAGGUUAGCUAGUGUUCUUGGGAAUGCAGUGGAAAGCAAAUAGCAGAACACACGCAGAGCCACUCAGCCAUCGGAUAAGCGGACGUCCGGACGGUUGGGCCGUUGGUAUCUUCGUUGCGGUCCGCUUCCACUUGCGAAUUCGCGAUCGCAUUUGCCGUCGCUCAGACUUCGCACAGUGGAGCAAAAGAAUGACGGUGAUGGGAUCAUAAGACAGCCGCUUGCAUAAAAACUCUUCUCGCGUGUUUCCUAUCAUUUUCUGGCCAAUGUUUUGGCAUGCAGUCUCGGCGUUAUCUAAUUCAUCAGACCCACUUCAGUACCCCACUUCGGACUGCUUCCAAAAGGCUCCGCGGGUGACGUUCAUCCACAGCUUCGUAUGGUAUAAUAAUUUCUCUCAAUGAACAGUCUAACCCUGGA